CUACACGCCAGCCAGGCGGAGAGUGAGGCGACGAUUCUCAUCAAUUCUAAGCUUUCUAACCUCCAUGAUCUUUCUCAAUGUACCGCUUUGACACGUCAGAGGUGCCACUGACCGGACGCCCGCAGCUCCGAGGCAGCCUAGGUCCAGCAAGAUGCCCGCACCAAUGCUAUUCCAGCCAUUAAGCGGCAGUAGUAACCCACCAACGGACGGCGGACCGUUGCUUUAGCGUUUCAUGCUGCAGUGGGCGAGCCUUCGGUGGGCAAGGCAAGAGCUUACGCUCCACCAUUUCGGACCUGGAGUUUCGUUCCAUCUGGUUUCGGUGUUCUGCGCCCAGAAAUCACGAAAGCGUACUAAAUUCUCACCUUGGCCAUCCAAGGCCUCGCUACAAGCAAUGGCAUCAACAGCCACAUCCUCAACCACAGUCGAUAGUGAAAGUUCUCGGGCUCAAACCGAAGCACGAGCUGCCGUACUAGCAUCGCUGGAGUCAGCUGGCUCAGGGUACGACACGCAGUAUCAAAGCCGAGCAGCGGAUCUUCACUCGAACGCUGCGUCAAUCACCAGGCAAGAGGCUGAAGUGCGUAGGCAGACUGCUGCGCUCGCUAAAGAAACCGCGAAGUGGCAGACAGAGGCUGUGAAGGCCACCAAGGGUCUGAAUGAGUUCGGCGACCUGCAAACGUGGGCGGAGACGAUGGAGCGCGACUUUUUAGUUUUGGAGGAGACCCUGCGGCUGGCUGAAGGAGGCGAGGAGUUUGAGAGUGCGAGCGGUGGGAGUAGGUGGCGUUGAUGUAGCACCGUCUCCCUCUCCAGCAAGGUGACGGCGUGCGCGUUGUAUUGACUAAUGAUCCUGCACCUAGAGAGCAAUUUUGGUAUCGACUCAUGGUAGAAGCAAGCUAUGUGUGCAUGAGUAGAUUCUGAGCCAGGAUCACCUCUGCCCCGUCCUCGUGGGUUUGGACUCAUACAACGGAUACUCUUCCCAUCCAGGUCAGCCACUGGCAGCCACUUUGCAUGUUGUCUCACUGCAACACUUCUGAGUGUUCUCACAUCGAUUGCAGGGAGCUUGAGGUGGCUAUCUCCCAUUCUGGCG